GUGAYGGGACAGCAACAGCAGUGUUUCACGCAUGAUGGCUGCCAGUCCCAAUGUCCCAUUGGAGACAACGUCGGGACAAAUGUCGGAGGACCGGAGGGAGAUGUGCAACGGCCCCAUACGAUCUCUGCGUUCCUGUUCGCGGGUCCAGCAUGGAGUGGGGGGCCCGUCCGUGGCCCUGACAAUUCACAUGUCACAGCUCCUAUGACCGAUGUCCCACUGCCCUUUGUUUUCACAGGUCACAGACAGUUGUCAUCUCCGGUUUCGCCCGUCGAGGGGUUCCAAAUCGGCUUAGGCGGAGAGGAUGAGGUUGCUCUUCGGCAGCACCUGCGAAUGCGUGCGAUGGCCAUGUCAGAUGGGCUUUCUCUGUCACCGAACAAACGUGGCAUGAAUGGUGUUAUGACCUCUCCUGCUCGCAACGACGGAAGCCGCCAUGGCAGUCCCGGUCCCUCCACAGUCAGUUAUGUGGAUAAUGACACGAUGGGGUGCCGUUCGUCACACUCCCCUACAACACUUUCGCCGAUUCGCCACGCGAGUUUCCCACUAUCACCUGAGCCAUUCCGUCGUGAUGGUUCACCGCAGCCGCAUAGACCACGAACCGGGUCACCGCAGUACGUCAUCAACCGCAUCAUUCGGGACAAUGAAGCCGGUGUCUCACCGGUGGACUGGCCAACCAGGACGGCGCUCCAAGGCGAUGCGGUUGCAGAUCCGAUGGUCCCCUCGCGCACCCCUCCCCCAAGGUUUGAACACCCCGUCUCCGAUCACUGCGCAGUCCACCUCGCAGCACACUCCAUGCAGUGUGGAGAACUUGGUGGGCACGUCCACGGCACGGCCAUCCGAAGGCCCCCCAACACGACCACCGUCAACGGAGAAGAAUACGGAUCGGUGGGGGGAGACCGACACGGAGUGGUUGUGCCGGUUAAGGAAUGAAGUGAAGAGUCUUAUGGGGGAAGAGACAAAGCCGUUGGGUUGCGCGAGGCUGAAAACAGGUUACUGGAAGGAUGUGGAGCAGCGCAUGAAGGGGAAGGGCUUCAACCGUAAUGCUGAUCAGUGCAAGAACAAGUUCAACACACUCCUUGACUACUACCGAAGAUUGAAGGUGCACGAAGGUUGGGCUGGUUUGCCGAGUUACUGGGACAUGAACCAAACGAGGCGGAAGAAGUACAACGUC